AUGGGGGGGGGGGAAGAGUGUGUGAACUCUCGCGAGAUCCUGCCGCGGCCGCAGCGGCGGCGGGCUGGAAGUCUCGCGAGAUCUGCCUUGGCCACGCCCCCUCCUCCCGCCCGCCCGCCCGCCCGCCCCGUCCCCUCAGGCCGGCCGCGCGCCGCCGCCAUUUUGCCGCCGGGCCCGAGCCUCGGAACUGCAUUUCCCGAGCGCCCCCCCCGCGCCACCGACACCGUGGAAGUGGAGUGUGAGGAGGAGGAGGAGGGCCCCGCGCACACAGGCGGCUCUGGGGAGCGCAGGCUGGGCCGCCCGGGCGCCCAGGAGCUGGACCAGGGCUCGGCCCGGCCGCGGCCGCCGGCGCAGGAUGAGGCCCCCCCAGCCCAGCACGGCCCGGGGGCCCCCCCCCGCGGCCUGCCCCCCCCGCACCCGCCGCUGCACCCCCAGGUCCCCGCGGGCAGAAUGACGGGCAGCAGCCCCGUGUCCCCGGCCUCGUCGGGCUCCCCCGGCAGCGUGUCCCCCCCGGCCUCCUCCCCCGCCGGCCCCCCCCGGCCCGAUGGCCCCCCCGGCCCCCCGGACCCCCCCAGCCUCUGGGAUAAGACCCACGCCGAGAUCGCCGAGCAGGCCAAGCACGAGGCGGAAGUGGAGCACCGCGUGGCCGAGAUGAAGCGCGAGGGCUUCUGGUCGCUGCGGCGCCUGCCCAAGGUGCCGGAGCCGCCGCGGCCCAAGGUGCACUGGGACUACCUGUGCGAGGAGAUGCAGUGGCUCGCCGCCGACUUCGCCCAGGAGCGCCGCUGGAAGAGGGGGGUCGCCCGCAAGGUGGUGCGGAUGGUGAUGCGGCACCACGAGGAGCAGCGGCAGAAGGAGGAACGCGCCAAGCGGGAGGAGCAGGCCAAGCUGCGCCGCGUGGCCGCCGCCAUCGCCAAGGAGGUCAAGCAGUUCUGGAGCAACGUGGAGAAGCCCGUAUAG